CAGCGUCCGUCUUCCUUUAUAUUUUUUAAAAAACCUUUUCAGUUAUCCUUUGGAUUAUUUUUUCUAAAAACUCUUACAAUGCCUUACUGAGAGGUCACUUUUUUUUGUUUUUGUUAAUGUCUCUCCCCACCAAACGCUCUGCCACUGCUGCUGCCACCCCGUCUUCCUCCACCGCCGCCGGCUCCUCCUCUAGUUUCCCGCCGAUGAAGAAGGCCAAGUCUCAGGCCCUCUCCGCCUGCUCUCCUCUCGACCCCUCCUCCAACAAGAACGGUCUCCACCACCAUUUCAGCGCUCCUAAUUCCGCCGAUAACGAUGUCCUCUUCGAGCCUUCCUCCAUGGCCCUCGACGACGAUCCUAAGCUCGUCGAUGCCGCUCCUCCCGCCGCAGCUAAUUUGUCUCGCAAAAAGGCCAUCCUUCCCCAACCGGCCAAGAAGCUUGUCAUCAAGCUCCUUAAAGCUAAACCCACACUGCCUUCAAACUUCGAGGAGAAUACAUGGGCGAAGCUGCAGUCAGCAAUUAAAGCUAUAUUCUUAAAGCAACCAGCUUCUUGUGAACUGGAGAACCUUUAUCAGGCUGUCAAUGAUCUUUGCCUGCACAAGAUGGGGGGAAGUUUAUAUCAGCGUAUUGAAAAUGAGUGCGAGACUCACAUUUCUGCAGCCCUACAAUCCUUGGUUGGCCAAAGCCCAGAUUUGCUAGUUUUCUUAUCACUCGUUGAGAGAUGCUGGCAGGACUUCUGUGACCAGAUGCUGAUGAUUAGGGGGAUUGCAUUGUAUCUAGAUAGAACAUAUGUUAAACAAACCCCCAAUGUGCGGUCUCUUUGGGAUAUGGGAUUGCAGCUUUUCCGACGACAUCUUUCAUCAUCUCCUGAAGUUGAGAAUAAGACAGUAAAUGGCCUUCUGCAGAUGAUUCAAAGAGAAAGAUUAGGUGAAGCAGUUGAUAGGACACUACUGAACCAUCUUCUGAAGAUGUUUACGGCUCUCGGAAUUUAUCCAGAGAGCUUUGAGAGACCAUUCCUUGAAUGCACAUCUGAAUUUUAUGCUACUGAAGGCAUGAAGUACAUGCAGCAAUCGGACGUUCCAGAUUACUUGAAGCAUGUCGAGAUAAGGUUGCAUGAGGAGCAUGACAGAUGCUUACUUUACCUUGACGCAAGCACUAGGAAGCCGCUAAUAGCAACCACAGAGAGGCAGCUUCUUGAGCGGCAUAUAUCCGCGAUUCUUGAUAAGGGUUUCAUGGUACUGAUGGAUGGGCAUAGAAUUGAAGACCUCCAGAGGAUGUACUCCUUGUUCUUGAGGGUCAAUGCCCUUGAAUCAUUAAAGCAGGCCCUUAGUUCAUAUGUUAGGAGAACUGGGCAGGCCAUUGUUAUGGACGAAGAGAAGGACAAGGAUAUGGUUCCAUCUUUAUUAGAAUUUAAGGCUUCUCUGGACUCAAUAUUGGCAGAAAGCUUUGCCAAGAAUGAAGCAUUUUGCAAUACCAUCAAGGAUUCAUUUGAGCAUCUGAUUAAUCUUCGCCAGAACCGUCCAGCAGAGCUGAUUGCUAAGUUUUUGGAUGAGAAACUUCGUGCUGGAAACAAGGGUACUUCUGAAGAUGAGUUGGAGGGUACACUUGAUAAAGUUUUAGUUUUGUUUAGGUUUAUCCAGGGCAAAGAUGUUUUUGAAGCAUUUUACAAGAAGGAUCUUGCAAAACGACUAUUGUUGGGGAAAAGUGCUUCCAUUGAUGCAGAGAAAUCUAUGAUAUCUAAGCUCAAAACUGAGUGUGGCAGCCAAUUCACUAACAAGCUUGAAGGGAUGUUCAAGGAUAUUGAGCUAUCUAAGGAAAUCAAUGAAUCUUUCAAACAGUCGUAUCAAGGAAGAAAUAUGUCGACUUUGCAGGAUGAGCUAUCUAAGGAAACCAAGGAGUCUUUAAAACAGUCGUCUCAAGCAAGAGAAAAACUUCCAUCAGGAAUUGAGAUGAGUGUCCAUGUCUUAACAACUGGUUACUGGCCCACGUACCCGCCAAUGGAUGUCAGGCUUCCUCAGGAACUGAAUAACUACCAGGUUAUUUUCAAGGAAUUUUACCUGAGCAAACACAGUGGAAGGCGAUUAAUGUGGCAGAAUUCCCUAGGACAGUGUGUACUGAAAGCAGAGUUUCCAAAGGGGAGAAAGGAGCUUGCAGUAUCUCUGUUCCAGACUGUGGUUUUGAUGCUGUUCAAUGAUGCACAAAGGUUGAGCUUCCAAGAUAUCAAAGAUGCUACCGGCAUAGAGGACAAGGAAUUAAGGAGGACCCUGCAAUCCCUGGCUUGUGGAAAAGUUCGGGUCCUGCAAAAGAUUCCCAAAGGAAGGGAUGUUGAAGACGGUGAUUCAUUUGAGUUCAAUGAUACAUUCACUGCCCCACUCUACCGCAUAAAGGUCAAUGCUAUCCAAAUGAAGGAAACCGUGGAGGAGAACACAAGUACCACUGAGAGAGUAUUUCAGGAUCGUCAAUACCAGGUGGAUGCUGCAAUUGUUCGGAUAAUGAAAACUCGGAAGUUGCUGAGUCACACGCUCCUUAUCACCGAACUUUUCCAGCAGCUGAAGUUCCCAAUAAAGCCGGCGGAUUUGAAGAAGAGAAUAGAGAGCCUGAUCGACAGAGAGUACUUAGAGAGGGACAAGAACAAUCCACAAUUAUACAAUUACCUCGCCUAACCUUAAACAUGCCUUUUUUUUGCUUAAUUCACUCCAUACCCAAUCUUCUUUUCUCUUCUUUCGUUUAUCUUUCUUUCUUUGCUGGUGGUGUAAAUGACAGGACGAAAUUUCGUUCGAGGGACAUUGAAGUCGCAGUCAGAUAUUACUGUACAGUAGUAAAAUUGUAGCAGAUUCUUCUUCUUUCAUAUCACGUCUGCUGCAGUAAACACCUGUAAUUGUAAAAUAUACUUCUUUCCCGGUGCUCAUCCUUUUUUUUUUUUUUAUAACUUUCUCGUCUCCCGUUCCUUGUGGUCUUUCUCUUUCAGCAAUGAAUAGAA